AUGGCCACACUACACCGCGAGCGCGUCGAACACGCGUUGAACGAGCUGCUCGUCCGCAUCGUGCCCGAAGACCCAAAUGAGAACGAAGACGAGGCCAACCAGCGCUUCGAAGAUGCCUACGAGUUUGCCCUCGACGAGCUCACGACUGCGGGCGAUGCUUCACUCGUUCCCGACGUCCAGCACAUUGCCAGCCUCAUAGACCGCAAGGUCUCGGGCCCCAACAAUGACCAGCGCAAGAGCGCGCGUCUGCACAACCUUCUCUCGCGCCUUGAGACCCAGAGCGUCCUCGACCAGAAAUGGCGCAUGCUCUACUUUCUCUACAACCUCUCCGACAACGCCGAAGCCCCCCACGAGCCGCCGCCCGCCCAGGAUACCCGCAGCUUCUCGCGCGAACCCACGACGCCUUCCAAGCGCCAGAGCGUGGCCGCCUCUUCCCACGCCAUCCAAGACGCCUUUGCAAAGCCCGGCCUCGCCCAGCUGCCUGUCAAUGCCGGAUCGCCCAAAGCACCGACAUCUACACGUCCAGCUUCGAUAGCUGAGAAGCCAGAGAAGCGCAGACGGCCUGACACCGCCAAGGAGCAGCAGCAAGCCAAUGGUGGACAUGUCGAAAAGGCAGAGACAGGGCCCUCGGAGCCGACUUUGCUGCGAGAGCUGCCUUUCACACUCCAGGGCUAUUCAUCGACGAACCUCGCAUUCCUCUCGUCGACCGCCCUCAAGCUUCCCACGACCCUCCCGGUACCCAUCGUCAGCCUCUUACACACCCUCGCUGAACCCGCCAUACUGUACAAAGGCUUGGCCGAAUUCGUCGAGGCGAGCGAUGGCGGCCUAAUCGAGCAGAGCUUCCGCGCAGCUCUAGCCAAGGAGCUGAGAGCAUACCUGGGUCUGGUCGCGACCUUGGAAGGACAAAUUAAGAGAGCGCUGGCACAGCUGAACGAGGCAUCAACACCUCAGGGCGUCAGCAAGGCCGGCGUCACCCUCAAGCGAUGCGUCAUCUGGAUACGAGAACCGACCAUGGGUUUGCGCUUGAUGAGCCUGAUGGUCGAAGAAUCCAGAAGCAAGAAGGGCGGCGAGCUGAUUGCCCUCAUACAUUCCUUCUCCCUCAACCACGGCGACCCGUACGUCAUGAACUUUGCCGAGCGCCUUCUCUCCGAUGUCACGCGACCUUUCUACGACAUGCUCCGGCAAUGGGUAUACGACGGCGAGCUUGCCGAUCCCUUUGGCGAAUUCUUUGUUUCGGAACAGAGCGAGGAUGACAUCCUCGAGGCGAACGGCAACGAGGGGAAAGGAGGCGCGACGAGCGUCUGGGAAGAUAAAUACAGACUGAACGACAAGAUGGUCCCCACCAUCGUUACCGACGACUUUGCCAAGAAGGUCUUCCUCAUCGGCAAAACCCUCAACUUCAUUCGCUAUGGCUGUGGAGACGCAGCAUGGGUCGACACGUACUCCAAAGAAGCCUCAAAGGAGCUGCAGUAUGGCGACACUGCGAAUCUCGAGCGUUCCAUUGGCGACGCCUACAAGACCACCAUGGCUCGUCUUAUUGACCUGAUGGGUAACAAGUUCAAGCUGUUCGAUCAUCUACAGGCCCUCAAGCAGUACAUGUUGCUAGGCGCUGGCGACUUCAUUGCCGUCCUGAUGGAAUCGCUCUCGUCCAACCUCGAUCGACCAGCCAACACGCAAUACCGUCACACGCUCACUGCUCAACUCGAACAUGCCGUUCGCAACUCCAACGCCCAAUUUGACACCUCAGAUGUACUGCGCCGCCUCGACUCACGCAUGUUGGAACUAUCACAUGGCGAGAUUGGAUGGGAUGUCUUUACGCUGGAAUAUAAGAUUGAUGCGCCUGUCGAUGUCAUUGUCACGCCAUUCGGUUCCAAGCAAUAUCUCAAAGUUUUCAACUUCCUAUGGCGCGUCAAGCGCGUCGAGUUUGCACUUGGCUCAACAUGGCGCAGAUGCAUGACUGGUGCGCGUGGUGUUCUCGGCACCGUAGCCGAUAAACUCGGCGCGGAUUGGAAGAAAGCACGCUGCGCAAUGGCUGAGAUGGUUCACUUUGUCAACCAGUUGCAACACUACAUCCUCUUCGAAGUCAUAGAGUCAUCAUGGAUCGAUCUACAGAGAGCCCUCAACAAGCCGGAGAGCACGCUGGAUGACAUGAUUGAAGCGCAUGCGAUAUACCUCAACAACAUCACGCGCAAAGGUCUUCUCGGAAGCUCUAGUAUCGACUUCACAGGGCAGCUCCAUGAGUUGCUGAAGACGAUGCUGGCAUACAAGGAUGCGGUGGAUGGAUUGUACUCAUUUUCAGUCGCUGAGUUUACGCGCCGACAAGAGCACGCGGCCAAGAUCGAGACACGUACAGCAGCAGGUCGGUGGGGUCUUUCUGAAAAAGAUCGCUCAUCUUCAGAUCCCUUUGCUCCCUCACACUCUCGCGCCGCUUCUCGCCAGGACGAGUCGCCUUUCCCACCCCCACUCCUCAAGAUCGGCAUGACAGGUUCGGCCGAAGAUGAUGUUCUGCCAGCCCUACAAAAGCGUUUGAGUCAGUUGACGGAAGACUUCCGAGCGAGAAUCAGCAUCCUGCUCGGAGACUUGGUACAUUCGCCUGACGGUGAAUUGAAGAUGCUGGCUGUCAACAUCAACUUCAACGAUGUGUACAAGCCGGAGCGAAGACGUAGGAAGGGUUCGCAGAGGCGAGAGAAGGAAAAGGAAACGCCAAGGGUUGUACCUGCUGCUGGAUGA